CUCUCGUCCCCCACCGCGCCCCGCGUCCCCGCCCUCGGCGCCUCGCGACCCCGGCUCGCCUGGACUCGGCGCCGCGAUCCUGGGCCAUGCCCCGCUACGAGUUGGCUUUGAUUCUGAAAGCCAUGCGGCGGGGUUGGUACAGUAGGCUUCACUAGACUUAGCUGCAACUCAGAGUCUCUCCUCCAGCACCUGAGUAAAUGCUGAUGGUCUUGUGGACUGAGAGUACGGGCUAAAUUCUCAAUCCCAUUGAGAAGCGGAGGAAAUGUAAAACUGUGUCCUUCCAAGCUUACCACAGCCACCACCAUCAAGACAGCAGACAAAGGACAAAGACUCAACCGCCGCGUUGCUCUGUGUAGUCCUGUUCACGCGUGCUUUACAGACUUGGCUGGGUUACUAAUAAGUAAAUAAAAGUCGGACACUUCUGUCAUUCGGACAUUUGAUUCUCAAGUUACCAGGAUGAGGGCGGUACUGGAGACAGCAGACAUUGCCAUAGUGGCCCUGUAUUUUGUCCUGGUCAUGAGCAUUGGUUUUUUUGCCAUGUGGAGAUCCAAUAGGAGCACUGUGAGUGGAUACUUCCUGGCCGGGCGCUCUAUGACCUGGGUGGCGAUUGGCGCCUCUCUGUUUGUGAGCAAUAUUGGGAGUGAACACUUCAUUGGGCUGGCAGGGUCUGGAGCAGCAAGUGGGUUUGCAGUGGGCGCAUGGGAAUUCAAUGCCUUACUGCUCUUGCAACUUCUGGGAUGGGUUUUCGUCCCCAUUUAUAUCCGGUCAGGGGUGUACACUAUGCCGGAAUACCUGUCCAAGAGGUUCGGGGGCCACAGGAUUCAGGUCUAUUUUGCGGCUUUGUCCCUGCUCCUGUAUAUCUUCACCAAGCUCUCGGUGGAUCUGUAUUCAGGCGCCCUCUUUAUCCAGGAGUCCUUGGGUUGGAACCUCUAUGUGUCUGUCAUCCUGCUCAUUGGCAUGACUGCCCUGCUGACCGUCACCGGAGGCCUUGUCGCAGUGAUCUACACAGACACGCUACAGGCUCUGCUCAUGAUUAUUGGGGCCCUCACACUUAUGGUCAUUAGCAUGAUGGAGGUUGGAGGGUUUGAGGAAGUUAAGAGGAGGUACAUGCUGGCUUCACCCAAUGUUGCUUCCAUUUUGUUGACACACAACCUUUCCAACACGAAUUCCUGUAACGUCCACCCUAAGGAUGAUGCCCUAAAGAUGCUGCGGGAUCCAACAGAUGAAGAUGUGCCCUGGCCCGGAUUCAUUCUGGGGCAGACCCCAGCCUCCGUAUGGUACUGGUGUGCUGACCAAGUCAUCGUGCAGAGGGUUCUAGCAGCCAAAAACAUUGCUCAUGCCAAAGGCUCUACUCUAAUGGCUGGCUUCUUGAAGCUUCUCCCAAUGUUUAUCAUAGUUGUACCAGGAAUGAUUUCCAGGAUACUGUUUGUUGACGACAUAGCUUGUAUCAACCCCGAGCACUGCAUGCAGGUGUGUGGCAGCAGGGCUGGGUGCUCCAAUAUUGCGUACCCACGCCUGGUGAUGAGGUUGGUUCCGGUAGGCCUCCGGGGUUUGAUGAUGGCAGUGAUGAUCGCAGCCCUGAUGAGUGACCUGGACUCCAUCUUCAACAGUGCCAGCACCAUAUUCACCCUCGAUGUAUACAAACUCAUUCGCAAGAGCGCAAGCUCCCGGGAGCUAAUGAUAGUAGGCAGGGUGUUUGUGGCGUUUAUGGUUGUCAUCAGCAUAGCAUGGGUGCCAAUUAUUGUGGAGAUGCAAGGAGGCCAGAUGUACCUUUAUAUCCAGGAGGUGGCAGACUACCUGACCCCUCCGGUGGCGGCCCUCUUCCUCCUGGCGAUUUUCUGGAAGCGCUGCAAUGAGCAAGGAGCUUUCUAUGGUGGAAUGGCGGGCUUUGUUCUUGGAGCUGUCCGUCUGAUCCUGGCUUUUACCUACCGUGCCCCCGAGUGUGACCAGCCUGAUAACAGGCCAGGCUUUAUCAAAGACAUCCAUUAUAUGUAUGUGGCUACAGCAUUGUUUUGGGUCACAGGACUCAUUACCGUAAUUGUUAGUCUUCUUACGCCACCUCCCACAAAGGAUCAGAUCCGUGCCACCACCUUUUGGUCCAAGAAGACCCUGGUAACAAAGGAGGGCUGCUCUCAGAAAGAUGAACCGUACAGAAUGCAAGAGAAGAGCAUCCUUGGGUGCACUGAGAGCAGCGAGGUUGUCAACCACGCCAUCCCCAAUGGGAAAUCCGAAGACAGCAUUAAGGGGCUGCAGCCUGAAGAUGUUAAUCUGUUGGUGUCCUGCAGGGAAGAGGGCAACCCAGUAGCUUCCAUGGGUCACUCAGAGGCAGAAACACCAGUAGAUGCCUAUUCCAAUGGGCAAGCAGCUCUCAUGGGUGAGAGAGAGAGAGAGAAGGGAACGGAACACAGGAGCAGGUAUUGGAAGUUCGUAGACUGGUUUUGUGGCUUUAAAAGUAAAAGCCUCAGCAAGAGGGGUCUCAGAGACUUGAUGGACGAGGAGGCGGUCUGCUCACAGAUGUUAGAAGAGCCCCGGCAAGUGAAGGUGGUGUUAAAUAUUGGGCUUUUUGCCGUGUGUUCACUUGGGAUUUUCAUGUUUGUUUAUUUCUCCUUAUGA